AUGACAGGCCAUUUUGGACCGGACCCUGGCGCGAUGCUCACUCAUCGCUUCCUCUUGCUGGGCCGUGGCAGGUCACUACGAGCUUUGCGUAUGCUAUGUCCCAUGCUCGCCUCUUCUCGUUGGUUGUCUCUUGCUCAGGUGUACUGUGAUAAGGUCCGCUUGCUAUGUCGGGUCGACAAUGCUCAAUACUGCGACCCUGACUCUGAGCUUCAUGCCUCCCUACUUUCUAGUAUGCCGUCCCGGCCGACAAUGGUCGUAGCAGUACCACGCCAUUUUAUCAUUCUUAAGAGAGAGAGAAGAAAGCCAGAGAUGAACUGCAGCGACGGACCUGAGACGAGACAGCAGCAACGCGGAUAG